AUGAACCUCAACUUCACUUCGCAGGCGGUGGCCCACUCCAUGUCUUCCCAAAGGCCGACUUCCUUCUUCAUCGAGGACAUCCUGCUACACAAGCCCAAGCCUCUCCGGGAGGUGGCCCCCGAGCACUUCCACAGCCCCCUGGCCUCUCGGGUGCCUCUGCUGGACUAUGGGUACCCCCUGAUGCCACCCCCGGCCAUCCUGGCGCCUCAUCCGCACCACCCGCUCCAUAAGCCUGAUCACCACCACCCGUAUUUCCUGACCACCUCGGGGGUGCCGGUGCCCGCCCUCUUCCAGCCUCACCCGCACGUCGAGCUGCCCGGCAAGCACUGCCGCCGUCGGAAGGCCCGCACCGUCUUCUCCGACUCUCAGCUCUCGGGCCUGGAGAAGCGCUUCGAGAUCCAGCGCUACCUUUCCACGCCGGAGCGUGUCGAGCUGGCCACCGCGCUUAGCCUCUCCGAGACCCAGGUGAAGACCUGGUUCCAGAACCGGCGGAUGAAGCACAAAAAGCAGCUGAGGAAAAGCCAAGACGACCCCAAGGCUGCCGGCGCUGAGGAGGGCACGGAGCAGGGGGCUGGCGAGCCCGAACUGGUGCCAUCGGACAAAUCCACCGACGCCUGUUCUACCGCCGCUGCGGAGCCCCGGAAAGGCGGCCACCCGCCGGCGUUCCUGCUGGAAGAGACUGAAGACGAGGUGGACAUCAUCGAGGGGGCGGCAGAGCUGUGCGGGCCUCAGCAUCUCAUCUAGGGCGCGCUCCGGACGCUUUCCCUGCCCCGCCACGGACUCCGGAGGCGUGUCGGGACUCCCACCCAGGACGGCUGGCCCGACGCGGGGUGUCGGCUGCGAAAGGACUCCUGGGUCCGCCCAGGACAAGGGCCAGAUGGAUCUGACCCCAGACUCUGGUCCAAGACGGCGAAACCCCGGUCAGAUCUGAGGGGUCCCCACCCACUCACACACCUCUCCCCUCCUGUGUGAGACUGGGAAUCACCACAAACAUUUUCCGAGCCCACAAGCUAGGGAGCAAGGUGAAAGGGCGGGUGUGUGUGAUGGGGUGGGGGGAACGGAGCGAGGUUCAGAACGUGGAUCAGAUCCACCGAGGUGAUAUCAGCUGGAGGAAGGAUUUGGAUCAAGGCCUUUUCCUCCUGAAGGAAAGUGAUAAGAUAGUCAACUGCUCAGGCUGACGACUCUUCAGUGGGGCGAUUUUUAAAGAGCUUUAUUUCUGCGCGCCUGCUGGAGUGGGUUGUUCCCGUUCCUACUGCAAAAUGCAGAAAUCUAAAUUGGAGUAAGUGGGGAUGGUAGCCUCUAGUUUGAAAACGAAACGCUCACACCCACACCCACACCCCCUUAAUGCAAAUAUACACCGUGGGCUCUUAGAUUUGUGGAACUUUAAUGCCAAUGGGCCGUUUAAUGAUACACGUCAAAGCAUUAUAUAGUUUCUAUAAAUCAUCGUUCUCAGAAAACUUCAUAUUCCCCAUUCCCUCGGCAAGCAGCCCGAUCCUGUGCGUGUUUACUGAGAAAUAAGUCUCACAGCGUUCACUAAGGCUUACUCCCAAGUAAGCGCUCACAGGACUCCAGUCCGAACAAGACUAUUGAAAAUGAAAGGCCACGAUCCAAGCCAAGUGAAAAGCACUCUGGAGCCCUAUUGGUUUCAACGGGCGAAUCAAAGCACAUACUGAAAUCCGUAUCCUUGGGAAUAAAUGUACUUCUAAGGUGCUUAGCUAUAAAUGGAUCAUGAACGAAAUUUAUUCCAUGGUGUUCUCAGGAUUUAUUUUGUUAUUAUUAUUUAAACCAAGCCCUUAUCUCUGGUAAGGUGGUCGUCUGCUCUCCAGAAAGACUGCUGUUAUAUCAAUAUAGCUAUGGAUGUUUUGUGUUGUUUUUAAAUUCUGUUGAUAAGUGCAGCACUGGAAAUGUAAGGGAGAAAAGUCAGAAGGAGUAGUUUACCAGUAAACCCUAUUUCGAAAGGUGGGGAAAGAGCUACCUCUACAGCAAGGUAAGGAGGUUUCUUACCUGGAAAGAAAGAAAUAAGGCUUUUGUGCUUUGCGAGAUUUCAGAGACCUUUUAAAUCAGAGCCACCGAUCUAGAGAGGGACUUCUUGAAUGGGGGAAGGAGUCCGACGAAAUGACUUUUGAGGUGCCUCCCAGCUCUGUGAUUCUAAGAGGGGGGUGGAAUAAAACCCUACCAAACUAUCCAUGAGGACUGGUCGCUUGAAGCCAAUAAAUAAAAUCCCUUUCAAAGAAAG